AUGAAGGCAGUAUUUGCUUACGACAAGGCUAAUAUAUUUCAAGACCUUUUUAUGUCCUGGGCUUACCAGCCACUUCAAUUCUGAACUAAAAACAAGCCAAAUCCUUCAAAUGUUGUUGAAAUCCCUGAAAGGAUCAAGUUUGAAUCGUCAGCAGAAAGGCUUGAAAAAGAAUGGGAAAAAGAAUCCAAAAAUAAAAACCCAAGCUUUUAUAGAGCUUUAUGGCAAGCAGUAGGCUGGGAUUAUACAAAAUAUUCACUAGUAGGGAUAAUUGGCUUUAAUUUGGGACUGAUCCAAGCAAUUAUACUUAUUUACAUCGUAGAUUAUAUCCACGAUGAUAACGCAGAUAUAGUAGAUGGACUUAUCCUUGCAGCAAUUUUUACGAUUGUGACGCUGCUAUGCUUUUAUAUAUUCCAUUGGGGUCAUUUUUCUGUCCGCAUGCUAAUCUCCAGAAUAAAAGCAAUAGUUCCUUAUGUGAUUUAUAAAAAAGUGCUGAAAACUUCUUUUUGGGAGAUUUCAAAAGGAGACUAUAAAGGGAUGAUCCCAAAUUUAUGCUUUUUUGCCUAAUUUUACUAUUAAAAUUUCCUAUAGAAUAUAUUAUUAUAUAUAAUCAAAUAUGUAUAAUAGCAGCUGAGCUAGAAUUUCUGCAUGGCCUAGUCCCUACAAUGAUGAUUUUAGCAGCUCCAACCUUCUGCAUUGGUUCCUUUGUGAUCAUUGGACUCUUAAUAGGAUGGGAAGGCAUGCUAGGCUUGGUCAUUGUGAUUCUUCAUUUUCCUAUUAUUUUACUAUACUCAGACGCAGCUGGGAAAUACAGGGCAAAAGUUACAGCCCAUACAGAUAGAAGGCUAAAAAUGAUCACAAAUUUAAUAGAAGGAAUCAGAGUGGUCAAGCUUUAUGGGAUGGAAGACCAAUAUUUAGAGCUUAUAAAGAAAGAGCGCAGAGAGGAAAUUAAGGAAAAGUUCAAUAUUUAUAGCGUUUAUGCUGUAAAUACCACAAUUGGGUUCGCUGGUAUCGCUUUGGUGUUUUUGGUCACUUUUUCGCUUUAUGUACAUUUUGGGAAUACGCUGGAAGCUGACACACUAUUUUGUGUCGUCACUUUGCUUAUAUUAAAUUACAUGGUUUCUAAUAAAUAUUAUUUAUGGUUUAUUUAUUGUUAAUAAAGUAAAAUUCAUGCUAAAGAUCAUACAAUUUAUCAUGCAAAAUGAGCGUUUUAGCAUUUUACACCUUAAUAAUGAUCAAAAUGACUAUGGAAAGAGCCACAAAAGUACUAUUAUUGACUGACAAGACUUAUUUCCCUAAUCUUGAUAGCAGUAAAGAGCUUGCGGUUUCAGUCAAAAAUGCAACUUUUGCUUACUCAGACAAAAUCCCAGAAGACGACUUAUAGAACUUUCUCUUCAAUAGCGCGAAAAGACGUGCAUCCUGGUUUAACUAAAAGGUCUUUGGACAAUGAAAAUCUGCUAUUCCUUCUCCAUAAGAGAGGAAAAUAGUGAAAAUGAAGAUUUUUGUCCGAUCCAGUUUCGAGAACUGGAAGGGAUUAUUUUGUCCUAAAUUAAGAAUACCUGAGUUAUUGUAGGAUUUUGAUUUCCUACAAAAUUUUUUAAUUUUAAUGUAUUUUGGUUCGUCAAAUGGUUUUGACGAGUUAAUUCUGGCAGGCACGUGAAAUAAAAAAAUAAUUGAUUGCCAUAAUGUUUUAAUUUUCUGAUUUUAAGGAUGAUCAGAAAUUUUAAUAAAUGGCACAGGAUCAAAAAAACGAGAUUAAAGAUUAGUGAAAGCAAGCAUAUAUUUUCUAGCUAUAAGACGCCCAGAUAUUUGCUAAUAAAAUAAUAAGAAUUCUAAUAAAUAACUUUUAUAUAUUUCUCAAAUUAAUUUUUUUAUUUAAAUUUCGCUAUUUGAUGCCAUUGUUUUCUCUUUCUGAAUUUGAACCCAAAUUCAUUUUUGAACAUUUUUUGUUCGUUUAAGUGUCAUCUUGAUUUGCACACUAUAUAAAAAAAUUAAAACUCUUAAGUCACUACUUGCGGUUUCAUUGAAAGUAUAUGAUAUUUGAGAUUUAAAAUAAGCUAUUUGGUGCCUUUAUUUUCCGCUUUCUGGACUCGAGCACAAAUUUAUUUUUGAACAUUUUUUGUUCGUUUAAGCAGCCAUCUUGAUUUUGCUCGCUAUUUUUUGUUCGUUAAAGCCGCCAUCUUGAUUUUGCUCGCUAUAGAAAUAUUAAAACUCUUAAGUCACCACUUGCGGUUUCAUUGAGAACUUGGUAUUUAAAGUAUCAAAACAGCUAUUUGGUGCCUUUAUUUUCCGCUUUUUGGACUCGAGCACAAAUUUAUUUUUGAACAAUUUUUUUCGUUUAAGCCGCCAUCUUGAUUUUGUACACUAUGUAAAAAUAUUAAAACUCUUAAGUCAUCACUUGCGGGUUUAUUCAAAACUUGGAAUUUAAAGUAUCAAAACAGCUAUUUGGUGCCUUUAUUUUCCGCUUUCUGGACUCGAGCACAAAUUCAUUUUUGAAGAAUUUUUGUUCGUUUUAGCCGCCAUCUUGAUUUUGCUCGCUAUAGAAAUAUUAAAACUCUUAAGUCGCCACUUGCGGUUUCAUUGAGAACUUGGUAUUUAAAGUAUCAAAACAGCUAUUUGGUGCCUUUAUUUUCCGCUUUCUGGACUCGAGCACAAAUUCAUUUUUAGACAUUUUUGCUCGUUUAAGCCGCCAUUUUGAUUUUGUACACUAUGCAAAAAAAUUAAAACUCUUAAGUCACCACUUGCGGUUUCAUUGAGAACUUGGUAUUUAAAGUAUCAAAACAACUAUUUGACACCUUUAUUUUCCGCUUUCUGGACUCGAGCACAAAUUCAUUUUUGAAGAAUUUUUGUUCGUUUAAGCCGCCAUCUUAAUUUUGCACGCUAUAUAAAAUAUUAAAACUCUUAAAUCACCACUUGCGGUUUCAUUUGAGAACUUGGUAUUUGAGAACUAAAAUAAGCCAUUUGGUGCCUUUAUUUUCCGCUUUCUGGACUCGAGCACAAAUUCAUUUUUUAACAUUUUUUGUUCGUUUAAGCCGCCAUCUUGAUUUUGCUCGCUAUAUAAAAAAAAUUAAAACUCUUAAGUCACCACUUGCGGUUUUAUUGUAGACUUGAUAUUUGAGAAACAAAAUAAGCUAUUUGACACCUCUAUUUUCCGCUUUCUGGACUCGAGCACAAAUUCAUUUUUGUUCGUUUAAGCCGCCAUCUUGAUUUGACCGCUAUAUAAAAUAUUAAAACUCUUAAGUCACCACUUGCGGUUUUAUUGUAGACUUGAUAUUUAAAGCAUUAAAACAGCUAUUUGAUGCCUUUAUUUUCCGCUUUAUGGACUCGAGCACAAAUUCAUUGUUUAGCAUUUUUUGCUCGUUUAAGCCGCCAUCUUGAUUUUGUACACUAUAUAAAAAAUUAAAACUCUUAAGUCAUCACUUGCGGUUUCAUUCCAAACUUGAUAUUUGAGAACUAAAAUAAGUUAUUUGAUGCCUUUAUUUUCCGCUUUUUUGGACUCGAGCACAAAUUCAUUUUUGAACAAUUUUUGUUCGUUUAAAGCCGCCAUCUUGAUUUUGCUCGCUAUAGAAAUAUUAAAACUCUUAAGUCACCACUUGCGGUUUCAUUGAGAACUUGGUAUUUAAAGUAUCAAAACAACUAUUUGACACCUUUAUUUUCCGCUUUCUGGACUCGAGCACAAAUUCAUUUUUGAACAUUUUUUGUUCGUUUAAGCUGCCAUCUUGAUUUUGCUCGCUAUAUAAAAUAUUAAAACUCUUAAGUCACCACUUGCGGUUUCAUUGAGAACUUGGUAUUUAAAGUGUCAAAACAGCUAUUUGGUGCCUUUAUUUUCCGCUUUCUGGACUCGAGCACAAAUUCAUUUUUGAAGAAUUUUUGUUCGUUUAAGCCGCCAUCUUGAUUUUGUACGCUCAAUAAAAAAUUAAAACUCUUAAGCCACCACUUGCGGUUUUAUUGUAGACUUGAUAUUUGAGAAACAAAAUAAGCUAUUUGACAUCUCUAUUUUCUACUUUCUGGACUCGAGCACAAAUUUAUUUUUGAACAUUUUUUGUUCGUUUAAGCCGCCAUCUUGAUUUUGUCAACUUUCUGAUCAUCCUUAACAUCAGAAAAUUAAAAAUAAAUGCAAUUUUUUAUUAUUUAUUUCAAGUACUAACCAGAAUUGACUCGUCAAAACUAUUUGACAAACCAAAAUACAUUGAAAUUAAAAAAUUUGCAAGAAAUCAAAAUUCGACAAUAGCUCAGGUAUUCAUAAUUCAGACCAAAAAAAUUCCUUCAAGUUCUCUAGACUGGAUCGGGCAGAACUUUUCACUUUUACUAUUUGCGUCUCUUAUGGAGAAGGAAAAGCUAAUUUUCAUGGUCCAAAGACCUUUUAGUCAAACUAAGAUGCACGUCUUUUCGCGCUAUUGAAGAGAAAGUUCUAUAUCAGAGCCUACCGAUAAUUUGCUGAAAAAAGAGAAAACACAAGUAACAGCUAUAAAUGACUUGAAUUUUGAAUUAAAACCUGGAGAAUUAAUGAUUGUUAUUGGUUCUGUUGGGAGCGGAAAAAGCAGCUUAUUACUAGGUCUACUCCAAGAAAUAUAUAUCCUUAAAGGAAGUGUUAAUUAUAGCGGAAAAUUCGCAUACACCGGCCAAAGUCCUUGGAUUAUAUCAGGCACAAUAAAAGAAAACGUCAUCAUGGACAACCCUUUCAACGAAGAAUUUUAUAAUGCCGUCCUCAAGGCUUGUGGACUAGAAAUGGAUUUAGCCCAACUCUCCUCAGGCGAUGAAACUCUUAUAGGCGACAAUGGUGCUACCUUAAGUGGAGGCCAAAAAGCCAGAAUCAGCUUAGCCAGGGCUGUAUACUCCAACAAAGAUAUUAUCCUUCUUGAUGACCCCCUCAGUGCUGUUGAUGCCAAAGUAUCCUCCCACAUUUUCACACAGUGUAUUAAAGACUUCCUCAAAGGCAAAACCGUCAUUUUGGUCACCCAUCAAGUCCACACCAUUUCUCAAGCUGACAAAAUCCUGGUCCUCUACCAAGGCAAGCAGCUGUUUUUCGGGACAAAUGAAGAACUUAAUGACAGAGAUGACUUAAAGCUAAUCCUAAAAGAGCUAGGAAAGCUCCAAGAAAUAGAGCCGGACAAAGAGCUUGUAGAAGCCAAAGUAAUAAAGCACGUGGACAAAGGAGAAAAAGCUGUGAGCUUGCAAGAGGACGAAAAGUCACUGAAAGAUAUUUCAGCCAAAACUUAUUAUGAAUUUCUAAGAUAUGGGUAUACGACCAUAUGGAGUUUUUCACUUUUGGUGAUAGUGCUGCUUUUGACACAGGCAGUUUCCUCAGCCCCAGUUAUAUGGCUUGUGAUAUGGACUAAUGAAUCUGAGGAAGACCAAGAAGAAAUGAUAAAUAUCUGGAUUUUUUGCGCAAUUGUGCUUAUUGUGUAUAUUUUUACAUAUAUUAGGUAUUGGAUAUUGGUGUAUGGGAUAACGAUAGGAGGCGAAAAAUUGCACAAUAAAGCACUUGAAGGCAUUGCUAAGACUGAGUCGGUUUAUUUUGAUAAAAACCAGUCAGGGAGGAUGAUGAAUAGGUUUUCGAAAGACACGUUUUUGAUGGAUGAGUGCUUUCCGUUUUUCUUUUAUGAAUUUUUGUUUGGGCUAAUUGAGUUUGUAGCAGUGCUGAUUAUUAUUAGCAUUUUUAUCCUACCGAAUAUAGCUGUGGUGCUGCUGUAUGCUAUAUAUGUGUAUUGACUGUCAAGACUAAUUGUUCCUAUCACUAAAAUCCUUACUCUCCCCCCUCCGAACAAAACCACUAGAAAAAUCCCUAUUUUUUGCCCACCCUCCGUGAGCAAACAAAAAUUUUUAAUAGAAAAAAUUUUUCAUGAAAAAAAUAAAUUAUAUAUAAGUGUGAUAAUUAUUAUAAUGAAAUCAUUAGCUAAUUCUGUUUAAUUUUAAACAAAUUGCGUUUUAAAACAUAAAUUUUAUAAUUUAAAUUAAUAUUUCCUUUCAAAUUUUUGCAAAUCAGACAAUUUCGAAAAUAAUUUUUCUAUAAAAUUUAUAUAUAUAAAUUUUUUAAAAAAAAAUUAACCUCCCUCCGUGAUCGAAUAAUAUUUUUUUGUUCGCUCAUGGAGGGGGGAGUUAGAGAAAUUGAGCUAGCGUCAAAAAGUCCAAUUUUAACAUUAUCUUCAGCUACAAUAAAUGGGAUUGCUACUAUCAGAUCUUUAAAUUUGCAAAACAAAUUCACUGCAGAUAUGAAAGCAGCAAUUGAGUACAACCUUAAAUGCAAUAUUAGUGUCGAGCUCGUACUAAGGUUUUAUACAAUUCAUAUGGCUCUUGGAGCGGCUAUGAUAUGCAUUCUUAAUGGAUUUAUAGUAGUCACUUACAAAGAUUAUAUAGAUGAAAGCCUAGCCGCUAUGUGCAUUUGCUUACUUAUAAGCUGGGCUACCUAUUGUUUCUGGUCUGAAUGUCUAAUUGAGUCCAACAAUCUGAUGGCUUCACCUCAAAGACUUAUGGAAUAUGCUGAACUGCCACCAGAAGGCGAAUUCGACAAUGAUGUUCCUUUUGUAGUCAGCAAAGGAAAAAUCGAAAUUAAGGAUUUAUUUAUGAAAUACCAAGAAAAUUUGUCUUAUGCGCUGCACGAUUUAAAUAUCACUAUAAAUCCUGGACAAAAAGUAGGCAUCGUAGGUAGGACUGGGUCAGGCAAAACUUCUAUUAUGCAAGUAUUGUUUAGGCUCAUAAAUCCAUCAUCUGGUACUAUUUAUAUUGACGACCAAGACUAUAGGAUGGUUGGACUGCACAAAUUGCGCAAGCAGAUGUCAGUGAUACCUCAGAAUCCUAUUAUUUUUAUAUCAAGUUUCCGAGACAAUAUCGAUCCUUUCCACGAAUACUCUGAAGAAGAUAUCAUAAAAGCCUGCAAGCAGGCUAGUUUAGGAGAUCUAAUCAAUUCUUUACCAAAUGGUCUCGAAACAAUGUUUACUGGCGAUAGCGUCAAUUUAUCAGAAGGAGAAAAACAGCUAGUCUGCCUCGCAAGAGCUUUUAUAAGGAACAAUAAAAUUGUCGUCAUGGAUGAGGCAACGGCCAAUGUUGACCAGAAAACAGACAAAAUAAUCCACGACAAAAUAAAAAGCACUUUUAUUAGUAGCACAUUGCUAAUAAUUGCGCAUAGACUAAGGACUAUCAUUGAUAGUGAUAUGAUCAUUGUGAUGGAAGAUGGGACUUGUAAAGAAAAGGGGACGCCAAAAGAGCUUGGAGAGAAUCAAGAUUCGCUGUUUAGAAGCUUGAUUCUGCAUACUGGGCCUGAAGAAUCACAACAUUUGCUUGGAAGCUUAGGGGUUUAA